UGCAAGGACCUGACAACCCGCUAUGCUAACGAUGUGAUUGCGUCCUGUGCCUUCGGUCUGAAGGUGGACUCGCACAAUGACAAGAACAACACUUUCUAUGCGCUGGGCAAGGAGACCUCCUCGUUCAAUUUUCGACAGAUGAUGACCUUCUUCUUGCUGAUUAAUGCACCAGCUUUAGCCAAGUUAUUAAAGUUGGAUUUCCUCUCGGAGUCAUCAAAGGAGGCGUUCAAGAAGCUGGUACUUGGUACAAUGGAAAACCGAGAGUUAAAGAAGAUCAUCAGACCCGACAUGAUUCAUUUGUUGAUGGAAGCUAAGAAAGGCAAACUGACUCAUGAUGAAAUCAAAUCCAAUGAUUUAGCAGCUGGAUUUGCGACUGUAGAAGAAUCAGCUGUCGGACAGAAAGAAAUUAAUAGAGUAUGGACUGACGAGGACCUCGUAGCACAAGCAGUACUGUUCUUCAUAGCCGGUUUUGAGACCGUAUCAUCAGGAAUGUCCUUCCUUCUCUACGAGCUGGCUAUGAACCCUGAUGUUCAGGAUAGGUUGGCGCAGGAAAUCAAGGAGAAUGAUGCUAAGAACGGCGGCAAGUUCGACUUCAACUCCAUACAGAACAUGGUCUAUAUGGAUAUGGUUGUGUCAG